AUGAAAGAAGAUAAUGUGGUUUUUCUAGGCUUUGUUGUGAGUGCAGAUGGAGUCAAGGUGGAUGAAGAGAAAGUUGCAGCAAUCAGAGAAUGGCCAAGUCCUAAGACAGUGAGUGAAGUCAGAAGCUUCCAUGGCCUAGCUGGGUUCUAUAGGCGGUUUGUCCGUGAUUUUAGUACCUUGGCCGCACCUUUAACUGAAGUCAUCAAGAAAGAAGUUGGAUUCAAGUGGGAGAAAGCACAGGAGGAUGCUUUCCAGGCUCUCAAGGAUCGCUUGACUAAUGCCCCUGUUCUUAUUUUACCUGACUUCUUGAAAACUUUUGAGAUUGAAUGUGAUGCUUCAGGUAUAGGCAUUGGAGCUGUCUUGAUGCAGGACAAGAAGCCAAUUGCUUUCUUUAGUGAAAAGCUUGGAGGAGCCACUCUCAACUAUCCAACCUAUGACAAAGAGCUCUAUGCCUUGGUCCGCGCCUUACAAACUUGGCAACACUAUCUCUGGCCAAAGGAGUUUGUCAUCCACACAGACCAUGAAUCUCUCAAACAUCUCAAGGGCCAACAGAAGCUCAACAAGAGGCAUGCCAGGUGGGUUGAAUUCAUUGAGACAUUCCCAUAUGUCAUCAAGUACAAAAAAGGUAAGGACAAUGUUGUAGCCGACGCAUUGUCCAGGAGGUACACUCUUCUCUCAACUCUUGAUGCUAAACUCUUGGGCUUUGAACAGAUAAAAGACUUGUAUGCUUCUGAUUCUGAUUUUGCUGAGAUCUAUAAGUCUUGUUCUAAGUUUGCUUUUGGCCGAUACUACAGACAAGAUGGGUUUCUCUUCUAUGAGAACCGUCUCUGUGUGCCUAAUUGUUCUUUGAGGGAUUUGUUUGUCAGGGAAGCACAUGGAGGAGGCUUGAUGGGACACUUUGGUGUGGCCAAAACACUUCAAGUCAUGCGAGAUCACUUUCAUUGGCCGCACAUGAUCAGAGAUGUGGAGAGGAUUUGUUCUAGAUGUGCAACUUGUAAACAAUCCAAAUCUAAGGUUCAACCUCACGGUUUGUACACUCCUCUCCCUAUUCCAUCUCAUCCCUGGACUGAUAUAUCUAUGGAUUUUGUGCUUGGAUUGCCUAGGACUAGAACUGGAAAAGAUUCUAUCUUUGUGAUAGUUGAUAGAUUGCAUGGCAUGCCGCGCACCAUUGUUUCUGAUCGUGACACUAAGUUCCUGAGUUAUUUUUGGAAAACUUUGUGGUCUAAGUUGGGUACUAAGCUUUUGUUUUCUACUACUUGUCACCCUCAAACUGAUGGCCAAACUGAAGUUGUUAAUAGAACUCUUGGAACUUUGUUGCGCGCCUUGAUUAAAAAGAAUCUUAAAAGUUGGGAUGAAUGUUUGCCACAUAUUGAGUUUGCAUAUAACCAUGCUGUGCAUUCUGCUUCUAAGUUUUCUCCUUUUGAAAUUGUUUAUGGGUUUAAGCCCAUCUCUCCUUUGGAUUUGAUGCCUUUGCCUUUGAGUGAAAGAUUAAGCACAGAUGGAAAGCACAAGGCAGAAACAGUCAGGAAGAUCCAUGAGCAAGCCAGAAGGAACAUUGAGGCUAAAACCAAGCAGUAUGCUCAACAAGCCAACAAGGGCCGAAAGGAAGUGAUCUUUGAAGUGGGAGACAAGGUUUGGAUCCAUCUGCGCAAAGAGAGAUUUCCGGCCGAGCGCAAAUCCAAACUUAUGCCAAGGAUAGAUGGACCAUUUGAGAUCACCAGAAGAAUCAACAACAACUCCUAUCAAAUUGAUCUCCAAGAUGAACCAGAUUUGAGGACAAAUCCUUUUCAAGAGGGAGGGGAUGAUAUGAUCAUGGAGGAGGUUGCUAGGAACUUGGACCAGGAAGCAGCUGGAGAGCUUGUAGCUGAGGAGGAGCAGCUUGAACCUGAGGAAGCUUUGGAAGCUUGA